UUGGCAAAAUGUCGUUAGAGAAUGUCGUGGAUGGCGUCAAAGAAUGUCACGAAUUGGUAGAAUUGGGGACGGAAGCCGCGGAACUCGAUACACAGAACAUACUGCACGAGGAGAGAAAAACUAUCGCUAAUCGACUCGUUCUCCUUUACUUGAAAAUUACUCUUCUGUCCGUGGGUAUCGUGACCAGUUUCACGUUCUUCAUCGUAUUCUUCGUAAAUGGAAAUUAUCACGGAGGAACCGCCGCUCUAAUUUCUGGUAUAAUAGGAAGUUGUGUUUUUCACAUAAUCGUGCUCAUAAUUAGAGAGAGAUUGGAAGACUGGUACGAUGUUAAAAUAUUAACAAACAUCCAAUUAUUCGCUUUAUUGACGACAGUCUGUUCUUUAAUCGCCAUGGGUAUUUAUUUAUAUCUAGCCGUCACUGGGUAUCAUGAAAGUAUGAGUCGAUCAUUUUAUACGUCGAUUAUCUUCAUUUUUCUGGUGAUCGUUUGGAAUUUUCUUCUGUUUUGGAUAAUCAAACAACAAAUAGCGAUAAAUAAGGAGGAAACAGAAAAAUAAUUCGGAAGAAUUAUGUAUUGUACAUAUACCAUCAUCAUCAUCUUUGUAUUAAACUUUAUAACAGCAGAUUAAAUGAAGAUUAAAUAUGUAUACAUCGAA